AUGUCUUCGAAUAAAAAAACUAGUGUCGUGUGGGACCAUUUUACGGACAUAGGUGGUUCCCGAGGAGUUUGCAACAUAUGUAAAGUGCAAAUGUCGUAUAAAUCAUCCGUUUCAAAUUUAAAAAAACAUUUACAACGGAAACAUCCCACGAUAUGUAUCGUGAGCCGUACCGAUGCUGUGGCAGGCGAUUCUAGUGCGGUAAAUGAUGUGUGUAUAGCUUCUGUCGCUUCUGGUGGUGGUAAUACUAAUGUUGCAGAAGCUAUUAAUGCGGGCACUAACACAAUUCCUAAUCCUGUUGCAAGUACAUCUGGUAGUGGGCAGGCACCUAUGCGAAGGACAUAUGGACUUCAACCUAUUACGGACUUUUUACCUAAACGCCGUGGCAAUUUAGAAAAAAAAAUUAUAGAUGAUAAAGUAAUGCAACUUUUCACCUUGGACUUUCAACCAUUUCGAAUCGUAGAAGACCGCGGCUUUCGUGAACUCAUGCAAUUGGCUUUUCCCAAUUAUAUUAUACCCACUCGCAAAUACUUUGCUAAUAGCUUAUUACCAUCACUCUAUGAAAAGAAAAAGAGUGAGCUGAGAAUUAGCUUAGAGAAUGAUGUUAAAUCUAUUUGCAUAACCGUCGAUAUUUGGUCAACAAUGACAAAUGAUUCAAUGAUGGCCAUCACAGGCCACUAUAUUAGUGAAACAACAACAUGGCAGAAAUUAAAAAAAUAUCAGGAGCAGGCAGGAAACACACCAAAGCGUCUAAUUCAAGAAGUGGCAACCCGUUGGAAUUCCAAAUACUAUAUGCUUCAACGCUGUGUAGAGCUACGAGAGCCACUCAAUAGUGCUAUGAUAAACUUAAGCAUGGACAUAUUAACGUCAUAUGAGUGGCAAGUCUGCACUGAGCUCUGCAAAAUUCUGCAGCCAUGUGAGGAAGUCACAAAAGAAUUGAGCGGAGAAAAAUAUUUAACCGGGAGUCUAGUAAUUCCCAUAACAACUGGUCUCACGAAAGUUCUUCAAAACUACGAAAAUGAAAACUUAAUGCCAAUAGUUGACAGAGUGAGGCAAGAUUUAUUAGGAGGAAUAGGGAACAGGUUCAAUAACUUAACUCAAAGCCGAACAUUUACCAACUGCAUGUUCCUAGAUCCUAGGUUUAAAUUUUAUUUUAACGACCAGGCAACAGCAUUGGAAACUAAACGGCGUAUUAUUGCUUUUGUAAUACAAGAGCAGAGUAGACAAAAUAAUGCCACAAUAGAAGUGAGCAACCCUCAGGCAAGUACAAGCACCAGCACCAAACUUAUAUGGCAGGAUUACCGGGAGAAAAUGCGCAAUAUCCAGCCUGAAGGUACAGCACACUCUCGGGCUAUCGUGGAGAUUCAGCGAUAUUUGGAUGCUCCAAUAAUAGAUAGGUCAGAAUGUCCUCUAAAAUGGUGGAAGAUACAUAGGGAAUCGUACCCAAAUCUGUAUAAAGUUGCUGUACAAAAAUUAAAUGCCAUGGCAUCUUCUGUUCCCUGUGAGAGAGUGUUUUCAGCGGCAGGGAAUAUGCUAAAUGAAAGGCGGACAAGGCUAGGCAUAAGAAAAUUACAACAGCUGGUAUUUUUAAACCAAAAUAUU